AAUGAAGCUGGGGCUCUUAGCCUUGCAGUACGUUAGUAUUUUCCCCAGCUAAAAGGAUCGGAAAGAUUCCUCCUGUGGGCUUGCAUCAUGGAGCCAAGCAGUCAAUUCAGCAGUCAACAGAUUCUGUGGAAAGAUGUUGAGGCGGGAAAAGGGAAGAAGGCCAAGCACCACACCUACCAGCGAGUGGCUCUGGUUCUGGCUCUGGUCUUCCUGGUUUUGGCUCUGUGUGUUUUCAGCCUGAGAUAUCUGUGGAGCCCCAGUCUGGGAAAGGUGUACGACCACCAGUACAAAGCGGUGUUGGAUGGCGUAGAGAAAGACAGCGUGAUGGAGAUUGACCCGGGUCAACGCAUUGAGAUCUUCCGAAUGGGGAACGGCAGCGAAGAGGUGCUGGAGGUGCACGACUUCAAAAACGGAAUCACUGGGAUCCGGUUUGCCGAACAUCAGAGGUGCUACAUCAGGACCCAAACUAGGAAACUACCCACAGUGGCAGAGGUGGAGGCUGAGGACUCGGAGUUACUGGUGGAUGAGACAGAGGCCAUGGACAUGAAGGUGGAAGACUCCCAAGUGUGGGUUCCUGCCGAGGAGCCCAUCGUUAACCCAGCCUUCCUCUUCGACUCCAAGAUCUGGGAGAUUUGCCAGGAGCUGCCCAUCCACUGGAUCCAUCCCUCCCCUCUGAGCGAUGCUGAGGUGGGUAAUGUGGACGCACCUGACGCAGAGGUCACAGGUCAGCGCUUCACCCGUGACGUCCUGGACCACCCUGCCGUCAACGACUAUAGAGACGUUGGAAUCGAGCUGGAUAACCGUCUGGAUGACCGAGGCUACUGCUGCCAGCACUGUCGCCGUGGUUACCGCUUCUGCCGCCGCUACCACGAGCCCCUGGGUGGCUUCAACCCAUGGCCAUACUACUACCAAGGAGGCCGGGUCAUCUGUCAGGUUGUCAUGCCAUGCAACUGGUGGAUCGCACGCAUGUUGGGGAGGAUUUAAAGUGUUUGUUUCAUUGAAGGCGCAAGUUCUCCUUUAGAUAAAUAUUCCAGACCACUUAUGAGACCAAAGCAGUCCAUCGCACACAAUUAUUAUCCAAUCUGAAAGUUGGCCCAUUGAGUAUUAGUCAGUUUAAACAGUCUAAAUGGCAUUUGAAACAUUAUUAUUUCUUAAAAAGGCAUUGCUCGUUUACAGCGGUCUAAUUUUCUUCGCUUAUUUACCCAUUUAGUAUUCUCGCCAUUUGAUUCUGUUGAAUGGGGGCAAUUUAGUUUGGAAGGUGUAAAAAAAGACAAAUAUUUCAGGACUUUCUGUCCUGACUUUGCCAGUCAUUCAUGUUGUAUUUUAUGGUUCAAGAAGACUUUUCACUACUAGAACUGCAAUGUAUAACCAACAGUAGACCAAUACUGCAACAUCUUACAGUUGUAAGCAUAAAAAUAUUCACAAUGCCUUAUAUUAAUAAUUAAAGCACAUUUUAAAGUAUUUUAUAAUGACUUAUAAGGUCAAGUAUCAUAAUGCUUCAUGAUUGCUGGUCAUGCAAAGCCUAUGUCUAUAAUGCAUUUUAAA